AUGAGUAAGUUCAAAACCAUUGAUACAUUUUUUAAAAGAAAAGAUCAAGAGAAUGAAGAUGCUUCUACUAUUACUACAUUGAAUAGCUCAAAGCGUCCACGACUUCUUCCAAAUCAACUGGAUGUUUUUCGUUUGGAAAGAGAUCCUGGAAUGCGACCAAUGAUUUGGAAGUUUCCACCAAAUAAAAGAGAUAAAAUCCGUCGAGCUUAUAUUAAAGUUGGGCUAAAUCAACCAAUUCUUGAUAAUUAUCCAUUUUCUGGUGAUAAAAGUCAUCGUCGCUUUCAAGCUUCAUGGUUUAAAUUGUUCCCAUCUUGGUUAGAAUAUUCUAUAGAAGAUGAUGCUAUAUAUUAUUUUUCGUGCUUUCUUUUUGCUAAGGAACCUUCAAUCAAUACGGGUUCAAAUGCUUUUAUUGAGAAUGGUUUCAGGAAUUGGAAGAAAGUAAAUAGUGAAAAAGAAUGUGCUCUUUUGAAUCACAUUGGCAAAGGUCCUAACUCAUUCCAUCAUAAGGCGCUGAAAUCAUGUGAUGAUUUGAUGAAACAAUCACAACAUAUUGACAGACUUCUUCAUAAGAAAACAUCAGAAGAGAUUGAAAAGAAUCGAAUUCAACUAGGAGCAUCUAUAGAUUGCAUUAGAUGGUUGACAUUUCAAGGUUGUGCAUACAGAGGACAUGAUGAAAGCCAAAGUUCAAGCAACAGAGGUAACUUUUUGGAAAUGUUGAAAUUUUUGGGAUCUUACAAUGAAAGAGUGAAAAAAAAUAUUUUGGAAAAUGCUCCAAAAAAUGCUAAGUAUACUUCAAAUGAUGUCCAAAAAGAGAUUCUAUAUAUUCUUGCUACUAAGGUGAGAAAUUCAAUUAGAGAAGAGAUUGGAGAUGCCAAAUUUUGUAUUAUUGUUGAUGAAGCUAGAGAUGAAUCUAAAAAAGAGCAAAUGGCCAUUGUUUUGAGAUUUGUUACUCUAGAUGGUUUUGUUAAAGAGAGAUUCUUUGAUCUUGUGCAUGUCACUGAAACUUGUACAACAACUUUAAAGAAAGAAUUGAUUUCUGUCCUUUCUCAUUAUAAUUUCCAAGUUGAAAAUAUUAGGGGUCAAGGGUAUGAUGGUGCUAGCAACAUGCAGGGUGAGUGGAAUGGUUUGCAAGUUUUGUUUCUUAAAGAUUCUCCACAAGCAUACUAUGUGCAUUAUUUUGCUCAUAGGUUACAAUUAGCAUUGGUGGCAGCUUCAAGAGAGGUACUUCAAAUUCAUGAAUUUUUUACUCAAUUAAACUCUAUUGUCACUAUUGUUAGUGCUUCUUCAAAAAGACAUGAUCAAUUACAAGAAGAUCAAGCAAUUGAAAAUGCAAACUUGGUUGCUCAAAAUGAAUUAGAAACAGGCAAAGGUGCGAAUCAAAUAAGCACUUUACAAAGAGCUGGGCAUACUCGAUGGAGCUCUCACUUUAAUUCUAUUUGCAGUUUGAUAAAAAUGUUUACUGCUACCAAUAUUGUUCUCAAUAAUAUUAUUGAAGACGGGACAACUUAUGCACAAAGAGGUGAGGCUUAUGGUGUUAAAAUAUUAUUGUCAUUUGAAUUUGUUUUCACUUUGCACUUGAUGAAAGAGAUUAUGGGAAUCACUAGUGUUCUUUGCCAAGCACUGCAACAACAAUCUCAAGAUAUUCUUAAUGCAAUGCAUAUUGUUUCUACAUCAAAGUUACUUCUUCAACAAUUAAGAGAUGGUGGAUGGUGCAAUUUUCUUGCAAAUGUUAAAGAUUUUUGUGAAAAAUAUGAAAUUGAAGUCCCUAAUAUGAGUGCACAAUAUGUUUUUGGAAGAGGUCAAUCUCGUCAACCAAGUGUGACAGUUGAGCAUCAUUAUCGAAUAGAUGUAUUCUUGGCAACAAUUGACUCUCAAAUACAAGAGUUGAAUAGUAGAUUUAAUGAGCAAACAAUAGAGCUUUUGACUUUGAGUUGUGCUUUGGAUCCUAAGGACAAUUUCAAAUCAUUUAAUAUUGAAGAAAUUACCAAGUUAGCAGAGAAGUUUUAUCCCCUUGACUUUCCUUCUAAUGAGCUAAAUAUUUUGAAAUCUCAGUUGCAACAUUAUCAGCAUGAGAUAUACCAAAUCAUUUGA